CGGAUAACUGCGGACCUCAGCCAACCCUCUUUUCGGCUAUUUCAGCAAACAAGUACUUUUUAUAAUGGCUGGCAGAAAAAUUGCAAUAAAGACAGUUGACUGGGCAAAGCUUGGUGCCUCAAUUCCUAAAGCUCUUUCUGCAGAUUUUAACGGUUUUCGUGUAAAACACGAAGAAAUUCGUGGAAGAUUACUUUCGUUACCUGAAAAACCAACACCAAUUGAUUGGAGUUACUAUCAGAAAAAUGUUAAAAACCAGGCCCUUCUAAAAAAGUUUCAUGACGCUUAUUCAAAAGUUGUUGUUCCUCGACCAGUUGAUACCGAAUCUAAAAACAUUGAAAACAAAAAAAAAGAAUUUGACAUUGAGGCAAUGAAAGCAAAUGAAGAAACUACAGCUGCUAUUGCACAACUACAAGCUGAAAUCGAACAGAUUGAAAAUUCAAAGCCUUUUGAAGAAAUGACGCCUGAAGAAUACGUGGAAAAGCAUCCUGAUAUAGCAAAAAAAACUCUCGCUGAGAUGAAACAAAUGGGAUUCCGUUAGAAAUUUUAUUGAAAUGCUUUUUAAAAAUAUUUCUUCAAAAUUCUAAAUAUAAGAAAUAGUCAAUUCACAUUUUUAUUAGAAACAAGUAAAAGGCUUGUAAUGUUUAGGAAAGUAAAUAAUUUGUAAAAA